AUGUCUCACUUCAAAUUAAAAUCAUCUAUAAACGCUUCGGACGCAAUACCUGUAAAUAAAUAUGUAUCGGAAAAAACUGGAUUGACUGUUAUUAUUGCGAAUGUCGAAGGACCUCUCGUAAACGGUUUCUUUUGUCUUGCGACCGAGGCUCAUGAUGAUGAUGGACUGCCACAUACACUAGAGCACCUCAUCUUUUUAGGUUCACAGCGGUACCCUUAUAAAGGUAUACUAGAUUUGCUCGCAAACCGAUGCAUGGCUCAUGGGACCAAUGCAUGGACAGAUAUUGACCAUACAUGCUACACAAUAUACACUGCCGGAGAUGCUGGGAUGUUAACUUUGUUACCAAUUUACAUUGACCAUAUAUUAAUGCCUACACUCACUGAGCAAGGUUUUAUUACUGAAGUACAUCAUGUCAAUGGAGAGGGAGAGGAUGCUGGUGUUGUGUACUGUGAGAUACAGGGUCGGGAAAAUAGUGCUGAUACUAGAUGCGAGUUAAGUUUGCUGCGUGCCAUGUAUCCUAACAGUGGAUACUCAUCUGAUACUGGUGGCAUUAUGAAAAACUUAAGAACUUCCACAGACAACACCAAAGUGCGAGAUUUUCACAAGAAGUUUUACAGACCUGAGAAUCUAACAAUAAUUCUCACGGGUCAGAUAGAAGCGGACGAUGUAUUUAAAGCACUAGCCACUGUGGAGGAUGAUAUAAUUGCAAAGAGGGAAAGAGAGGUACAGGAAGAAUGGAUUAAACCAUGGCAAACUAUUCCUCCUCAACCUAACUAUGGGGAGCUGCGACAAGAGUGGCCAGCGGAUACUGAAGAUUGUGGACAGGUUUUGUUCGGAUGGCGUGGGCCACUGUUGACUGAACCGACAGCGCUGAAGGAGUUGACGGCUUGCGCGGUUAGUUUACGGUACCUGUGCGACACGGCCGCGGCACCGCUGCAGCGAGCACUUGUCGAACGAGAGGACGCGCUGGCGGGUGACGUGUCGUACAACCUCACAGAAAAUAUAGCCUCACUUAUAAAAAUAGAGCUUGACAAUGUGCCUGUGAAUAAACUCGAAAUGGCUCGAGACGAAGGUCGCAAAUGUUUGAAGAGUGUAAUCGAUGGCGUCGAAGGUAUCGACAUGGACCGUAUGAGACGCCUACUUCGGAAGCAAUUGCGGGAAACUAUGGCCAGCCUAGAGUCGGAUCCUCAUCACGCUAUCGCUUUUAGGUGUAUUGGUGAUGCGCUGUAUUCGCAGAAUGAAAAUGACUUCAUAUCCCGUAUGAACCCGCAACACUCCCUAAACGAACUACUAAAAGAGGGUGAGGACUAUUGGCUGUGUCUGUGGAAGAAAUACUUCGACAACGACUUGGUCACCGUAGUUGGGUCACCGAGCAUUGAGUUGCAAGCUAAAAUUGCUGAAGAUGAGCUAAAUAGAAUAGCAGAGCAGAGAGCACAGUUAGGUGAAGAAGGGUUGGCAGAGAAGGGAAAACUACUUGAGGAAGCUAUGGAAUUCAAUGAGCGCCCACCACCGCCGGGUACGCUGGCGUCAGUGCCCGUGCCAUCGUGCGAAAAUCUCAAGUGCCACAAGAUAAGUUCGUGGAACUCCUUCAGUGAGCCCUGCCCUUACUUCGACGUCAAGGCUAUUCCGAUGUAUGCAAGGGUGCACAGCUUGAACACCAAUUUUGUUUAUAUAUCCAUUAUCCUGGACACUACAAACGUAGACCAGAUCACGCGAAAAUGGCUCCCCUUGCAUUUGAACGCUUUGGCCGAGUGUCCGGUGUGGAGAGGGGACACGCUCGUUAACCACGAGGAAGUGAUCUCUACGACAGAGCAGCUUACUGUGAGCUUCACAAACGAAAUCGGGUUCGGUCGGUCCGGGAAUUUCUCCGUCGGACAAUUCGGUCACUUUGUACAGAUUGAGACUAAGUGUGAGCCAGACGACUAUGAAGAAGUUGUGAAUCAUCUGUACGAAGUUUUGAACACUGCUGAAAUUACCAAAGAAAGGUUGUUGGUGUUUGCGCAGAGACUUAUAAACGAUGUAUCGCAGGUUAGGAGAAACGGUCACAAAAUGGUCUAUGAUAUCCUGCGAGAUUCCCUCUACUCAAAAGACAGCAACGUCCAUUGGAGUUCCGUCCUGAGACAGCAGAAGUUCCUAAAGGAACUUAUAGAUCAGCUAAACGUAGGUGGCGAUUCCGCCGAAGCAGCUAUAAAUGAGGCGAAGCAAACUUUUAAAACCCUCACGGGGAAUGCUUGGUUGCACCUCUCUGCAGAUUUGGUGAAGUACAAACUCGGCAGUGAACCGUGGAAGCGAUUCGCGCGGGAGAACGAAAUAACAUUUAUGAAGCCCAAUCUGUACUGGGACGCAGACCUGAUGACCGGCUGGGGUGGAGGCGUGGUUGUGGGAGUGGGAGGAUUGGACUCCUCCUUCGUGGUGCAAUCGAGCGAGGGGCCGCUAGGAAAUGCGUUUGUAGAUUUCGCUCCGCUCAUUGUGGCACUCAACUACUUCACACAACUAGAGGGCCCUAUGUGGAGAUUAAUCAGAGGAGGUGGCCUAUCUUACGGAUACGGAAUACGGCCUUCACCGAACGAGGGUCGCCUUGUGUUCUCACUGUACCGCGCCACGAACGCCGUGGCUGCAUACACCAAGGCUAAAAAUAUUGUGGACGAGUAUUUAGCAGAUCACAAGUUCGACGAAGACCUUUUCGCGUCCGCAAAGAGUACAGCGCUGUUCGAAGUGGUGGAGAACGAGAAGUGCGUCGCCGAUGUAGUGACACAGUCGCUGAUCAACUAUAUACGACAAGCGACUGAAACCUAUAAUCGCGACUUGGUGUGCGCGAUCGCGGCAGUGACUGAGGCCGAGGUGCACGCAGCUGCGACGCGCUGGUUGCCGCGCAUGUUCCAAACCGACACGUGCAAGGUCGCCGUGGUGUGCCAUCCCACCAAGGUCGCGGACAUGCAGGCUGCAUUCGGGAAAAUAAAUGUGCGGCUAGAUGCUUUCGACUCUAUGGAAACUUCGCAUUUUAACAAAUGAUAUUGUUAUUGAAUACCCUUUAGUUAAUUCAAGUAUUUACGCAUUUAUUAUUAAGAGUAACAUAAAUUGUCUAUAUUUUUAAAUUUGCUUAAUCAAUGUUUUACAAUAUCGAGAUGCAAACUUAUAAAUGUUUUAAUGUUAUGUUAAAGUAAACAACCGCUUGGCUGUGCCGUAACGCUCGUGUUUAGAAAAGUCGUAACGAAAAAGUUGCCAUUGUUUCGAAAUAUGUUAUUGAUGUACACGAUUUUAUUUUCUAGAAUAAUUAAAAGAAAACACAUGUUAUUAA